AUUCACAGACUCACACACACAUCCACAGUGCUCUCUUACUACUGAGAGAAUCUGAUCCUUUGUGUCUGUGUGUGCAUGUGUGAGUGUGUCUGCGUGUGGUGUGUGCAGGCUCUCUUUUUAACCUCCUCUUCUUCUCGUCUGUCUCUCUGUUGCUUUUUGUCACUCUCCCGUCCUCCCUCCCCACUCUCCAUCCGUCCCUCCCUGCUCCCCGGCUGUGUGUGUUUGUGUGCUUGUCUGUGUGUGUCCGUGUGCGUGUGCGUGUGUGUGAACCGUGGGGAAAACAGACGCUCAUGUGAGCAGCAGCAGUGACUGGUGAGAGACAGGAAAGAGGAGAGGAAGAGAGCAGGGAUAACAGAGCCAACACCAUCAUUCUCAACGGAUUUCCACCAGACAUGUGAGAAGAUGUCGGUGGGCGGCUGCGCGUGUCCCGGCUGUUCCUCCAAGUCGUUCAAGCUGUACUCCCCCAAGGAGCCCCCCAACGGUAGCACUUUCCCCCCCUUCCAUCCCGGUACCAUGUUGGACAGAGACGUGGGUCCAACCCCAAUGUAUCCUCCCACAUACCUGGAGCCAGGCAUAGGGAGGCACACGCCAUAUGGCAACCAGACAGACUACAGAAUAUUUGAGUUAAACAAACGGCUACAAAACUGGACAGAGGAGUGCGACAACCUAUGGUGGGAUGCAUUUACUACAGAGUUUUUUGAAGAUGAUGCCAUGUUGACCAUUACUUUCUGUCUUGAAGAUGGGCCAAAGCGUUACACAAUUGGUCGGACGUUGAUUCCAAGGUACUUUCGGAGUAUAUUUGAAGGUGGCGCGACUGAGCUCUACUAUGUCCUGAAACACCCCAAGGAGUCGUUUCACAACAACUUUGUUUCACUUGACUGUGAUCAGUGCACCAUGGUCUCCCAAAAUGGAAAACCAAUGUUCACACAGGUGUGCGUGGAGGGCCGCUUAUACUUGGAGUUCAUGUUUGACGACAUGAUGAGGAUAAAAACGUGGCACUUUAGCAUCCGACAACACCGUGAACUCAUCCCUCGCAGUAUACUUGCCAUGCAUGCCCAGGACCCACAGAUGCUGGACCAGCUGUCCAAAAAUAUUACAAGAUGUGGCCUGUCAAACUCGACUCUAAACUACCUCCGACUGUGUGUGAUACUGGAGCCCAUGCAGGAGCUGAUGUCCAGACACAAGACGUACAGCCUCAGCCCCAGAGACUGCCUCAAGACCUGCCUCUUCCAGAAAUGGCAAAGAAUGGUGGCACCUCCAGGUAUGCGAAUAACACACACACACCAACGCACCAACUUUUCUUUACACGCAACUCUCCCUGCUUGCUGUUUAGCCGAGCCAUCAAGACAGGCCCCAAACAAACGGCGGAAGCGUAAGAUGUCGGGUGGCAGCACCAUCAGCGGAGGAGGAGGAACUAAUAGCAACAAUAACAAGAAGAAGAGUCCGGGCAGUGGCUUCCCUCUGUCUAGCCAGGUUCCAGAUGUGAUGGUGGUGGGAGAGCCCACACUGAUGGGAGGGGAGUUUGGCGACGAGGACGAGCGUUUGAUCACGCGGCUGGAGAACACCCAGUUUGAUGCAGCCAACGGCAUUGACGACGAGGACAGCUUCAACAACUCCCCGGCUCUGGGAUCCAACUCGCCCUGGAACAACAAGGCGCCCUCCAGCCAGGAGAGCAAGAGCGACAACCCCACCUCACAGGCAUCGCAAUAGACUUUGGGCUCCUCCUCCACAACACAAUUCCCUCGCGCCCUCCUCUGAGCCUUCCCAAAGCCAAAAGUCUCAAGAGCAACAGGUUUCCUCGCAGCGCCCCGACAGGCGUUUUGAGCUCUGACUCUUCCGACACGCGGUGCCUGGCGGCGCUCACUUCGACUUUCUGCCAUGACUCUUAACUUCCCAACUUAAAGGCACCGUGGUCCCUUCCCCUCUUCUGCUCCUUUUCUUCGUUUCCUACUCAAAAUGUCCUGUCUGCUUUUGGUAAUUUCCACUUUGGACAGCGACAUGCUAGUUGUGAUGGAGGCGCGGUGAUUGAAUCCAGGAGAGAGCUAACCCACACUAAACCCAAGAAGAACGCUACAGCAGUGUGGCAUGGCUGAGGUGGCAAGUUGCUCGGGGACAGCUUGUCCACCAGCCUUGAAACCACUCAAUUCUGGACUGCUCUGAUGCAUCAAGGCACUAGAAACCUUUGUCAACAGAGUAUCUGUGUGAGCGCGUGUGUGCGCACGUCUGCGUGAGUGAGCGACAAACGUUUGAGGAGAGAAAAGAAGCCUAAACACAUUAGUGUCUUUGCUAAAUCGAGCAGACCAGAAUUUAGAGACCUCUUGCAAAAUUGUUGAAAUUGUGACACCGAGUGUGGGACACAACAAUUCACACUAAACACACACUUAACCAUACACACACAUACCCGCGCGCACACACACGCGAACGAUGGAAGGAGUUUGUUUCUUGUUGUGAGCCAUCUCUGAGUAGACUCCGAUGUAAGCAACAUACACACUUACACAUUUUAAGAGUUUUUAUACAGUAUAUAUUUCCCUAGAAUGUUUUUUUUUUUUUUUUUAAUUUCUAUUAAACAUCUUCAGUUCAAUUGUUUAUUUUUAUUUUUUACCAAUACUGAAAAGCUACAGACCAAGGAGCACCACAGGACUUUUAUUCCUCCUCUAAAAUAUAUUGUUUUUAUCUUUUGUGUUUAUAAAAGAAAAAAUAUUUAGUGUGGAUGUUUUAUUUUGUCUUUCCGUUGCUUUUGGAAAUUUGAACUUUUGUGUAUUUGUGCUUGUAUAUUUAAGGUAGUAGCAAAGUUCUGUCUGACUGUAAUAAGAUGUAUUCUUACUUAGAUAUACCUAAAGCCAUCUUGAUCUAAUGUAAAGAAACAAAAUAGGAGAAAUGAGGAAAAAAAAACCCCACCCCACUCUUUCCUCCCUCUUUUUUUAAGGGUAGUGUAAAUUAAUUGACAAAAAUCCCUGAGGGUACAACAGCACCAUCGGAAGGUGUUUUGUGUCUUUUGCUUUUCUUUAUUUAUUCAGGACAUUCAGAAAUCCACUGUUCCAGGUCUACAUAAAUUGCUAGUUCUUUUCCCCCUCCACUGUCAGAGGUUUUAUGUAGUGCGUAACCUGAUUCAACCCAAUGUCAAGUGAAUGUGCUGAAAUGUUUGUCUGACUUUCACUCCAGUCACUGGCUAUAAAGGUUGUUAAGAAACUUAUACCUUCCAACAAUGUUUUAAUUUGUGCCAUCUUCAAACAUGUUCUAAAACCAGCUUAACAUUAUGUUCACUCUGCAUAGUUUAGUCUAUAAAUUCAUGAGUCAUAAAAAGCCUGAAAGAAGUCCUGCUGUUCUUGAUUUGGCCCUUCUGGUAAUCAUCAUGACCAUAAGUGGAAUCUUCUAACUCUUUGUACAUUUCUGUUUUGUUUUACACUUUCAAUCCAUUUAAAAUUUAUUUUGAAUGGUGAAUUGUACCUUCCUCAAACCCAGUAGAAUCAUUGUUUGGUAUCAUUUUUAUUUUAUUUUAAUUUGGUUAGUUUCUGCCCUUGCUAAUUAAUGUAUGGUACCAAUAAAAAAGAUACAUUUUCACUUUAA